GGUCUCUGAGCCAAAAAGUCCAGCUGACCUGCGCGAUCAGCCUCGUUAGCUCCGAACAUCAUGGACGCAAUUGGCAUGGUCUCCAAAAUUCUGGACACAAGACUUGAUAUCAACACCAGGUAUACUCCAUCUGAAUGCCUGUGUACGCUUGAACAACAGGAUGAAGGCACGGUCCGUUCAUCCUUGCGACGAUGCCCUGUCAUCGAACGGUCCGGGAAUAACUGAAGUUGGAUUCCAACAGAAUUCGAGAAGGAUAAAGUUUCUCGAGACGCAGACCAUCAAAUUCUCGCUGAAGGAUCUUCGAGCUUUCUAGGUAUCUUUCGUCAGGCUUGCUAGCACCCACCAUCAUGUCUUUUUCAUUCCACACAAGUUCUCUCGAGGACUUGGAGAAGAAGAUCGACAUAGAACACACCGAGAAUGUCGCCAGUCUUGGAGAGCCGCAGCUUGACAAGGGCGGACCUUCUGUAGUAACAAAAGGCAAGGAUGAAGCAUUGGAAGUGCUGGGCGACUCUUCUACCCCACUUCACAUCACUCCUGAGCAGGACCGAGCAGUUCUACGCAAGAUCGACCUCUGGCUCAUGCCGGUGAUUGUAAUGGUCUAUUUCCUUCAGCAACUUGACAAGUCUUCUUUGUCGUAUACAUCAGUGUUCGGUAUCGCAGACGACACGCACCUCGUUGGCUCGCAGUACAGUUGGCUUGGCAGCAUCGUCUACGUUGCGCAGCUGGUCUGGCAACCAGUCUCCUCUUAUCUCAUUAUCAAGAUGCCCGUUGCAAAAUAUCUCUUUGUGAACGUCUUCCUAUGGGGCAUCGUAGUUGCAUGUACCAGUGCUGCAACUGACUUCAGCGGCCUUAUCGCUUCUCGGUUCUUCCUUGGCAUCUUCGAGGCAACAGUCGCUCCAUGCUUCAUUACUGUCACGCAAAUGUGGUGGCGCCGGAGAGAACAGACUCUUCGACUUGCGAUUUGGUUCGCAGCAAAUGGUGCAACUGGAAUGGUCGGAUCUCUGUUAGCUUGGGGCCUGGGACACAUUGGAGGAUCGCUUCGACCUUACCAGACCAUCUUCCUCUUUGUCGGUCUUCUGACUAUCGUGUGCUCGCCUCUCGUAUGGAUCAUAUUGCCCGAUUCGCCGACGAAGGCAAAGUUCCUAAGCCACGACGAGAAGAUCAUUGCUGUCGAGCGACUUAGGGCAAACAACAUGGGCACCGAGACUAAGGUCUGGAAGUGGGAUCAGGUUCUCGACCUGGUCCUUGACCUCAAGAGCUAUCUCUGGUUUUCCAUGCUCUUCCUUUGUGCUCUUCCGAGUGGUGGCAUUUCUGUCUUCGGACCUCUCAUCAUCAAAGGCUUCGGUUUCAACCAGUUCCAAACCCUCCUCUUCAACAUUCCGUUCUCAGCCUUGCAGGUCAUCGUCGUCAUCCUCUCUGCUUUGAUAUCGACGAAGCUAAAGCUGAAAUGGCCCGUUAUCUUUGGACUAACGCUGCCGCCAAUUGCUGGUGCUUCCGCCCUCUUCGUUCUUGGCCGCGAUCCAUCCUUAAAAAAUAAACUUCUCGGCUGUUACUACGUGUUGUCGGUGUUCAUAGGCCUUCAGCCCAUGCUCUAUGCUUGGGGAAGUCAGAAUACCGCUGGCCAUACCAAAAAGUUAUGCACCACCGGUCUCAUGUUUGUCGCACAGUGUGUUGGCAAUAUCGUCGGUCCUUUACUUUUCACCACCGAGGAAGCCCCUUACUACCGUCGUGGACUGAUAGCAGAUCUAAUCUGCUGGAUCGUUCUUGCCGUUCUUGUCCUGUUCACAGCGGUCUAUCUCGCCUUCCUCAACAAACGACAUGCUGCUAGACGUCGUCGUGCGGGCAAGACCGCGACCGUGGUCGACACGUCUUUGGAAACGGCUGUUGAGUCCGCUCGCCUUCAGAUUCAGAAUGAGGAGAAUGGAAGGAAAGAGGGUGCUGAUGCGUCGGCUUUGAACGGACGUGCUUUCGAUGAUCUGACUGAUGUUCAGAACGAGGAUUUCAUUUACGUUCUGUGAAUUUCUCUCCCUCCCGCUGACGUCGGUAACAAUGAUGGCUUCCGUAAACUGCGCUAUACAACUGUACUAUAGAAUUUCUUUAUACAUGGCGAAUCUAUCAUUGUCUGCAAGCUAGCUGCGGACCGCUAAAUUGC